ACAUUUGAACCCACCCUUGUAAUGGAUGCCAAGACUUCGAGUGUCUCCAUGAUGGCCGUGCACGGACCAACUCGCAGCUAGGGAUGUGACUAACUUUGCCCCUGUUCCGGGAACAUGUAUUUUCGCACACAACUGGGUCUCCUAAUGACGCCCACAUUGAUCAAAACAUCUAGCAAGGAAUACAUGAAAGCGCUCUGUAAAAUCCUUGCAUCAUCCUUCUUUCAUUCAGUCUCUUCUGUCAGCGUGAUGCCGACAGAACCGUACAUCCAUCUGCUGCCAGUAGAACUUUUACAACAAAUCUUCUUGUUCAUCGUUAACAGUGCGCCGGACUAUCCGAGUAUCUUUUCAUGCGAACAUGACACCAUUUCGGUCAACGUUGCCAGCCCUCCCCUAGUCUUGACCAGGGUGUGCCAUCUUUGGCGAGUUGUUGCAUAUUCAACGACAGGAGUCUGGUCGCGCAUCCAGGUCGUGCUCCCCGGGGAAGUUAGAUGGUUCAGACCAUUUCUUCCACAUUUUCUCCAGUGUUGGCUUGCUCGCUCUGGUAAUUUGCCUCUCACCCUUCGCAUUGUUAACAAUGAUACCCCAUGCUGCAUGUGCACCUGUCUCCGUAGCCGUGACUACUUUUGGCUAACAGCGCCAAACUCUCGACUUCUCAAUAUCCUCCUUUCUGAGAGCAAGCGUUGGGAAACGGUCGUUAUGCCACCCGCAUGUAACUGGGAUCUUAGCAUCGACACACCUCAGUUGAAAGCCUUGGAAUGUGAUUUCUUUGAUCUCAGCAAAUUUCAUGCACCAAAUCUUUCUCGCCUACACAUCAACACUCACUAUCUUGUCCCCCUAUCCGGACUGCGCAUCCCCCUUUACAAAGAUAUACGUCAUCUCCACCUCCGGGACGCUUCCGUGUGUGCUUUAUGCUCUUCUGUAACCGAUUUCCCUCAUCUGGAGACCAUCGCGGUUGAUGAAAUAUACUGGUUCAAUAUUCCCGGCACUAGCAGCUAUUCAGCGACACUCGAGUCGAUGACCCUGCCUCUCCCCUCCUCAUAUCACUUCUGGCAAGAGUUCAUCAACAUGUUCAGCCUCCUUCAUCUUCCCGUUUUCCGGAAAUUGACUCUAGUCGGAACACCAAAAAAACGACAAGUUCAUGAUCUUUUGUCCAUGCUAGCGGUGGCAUCUUUCCGAAUACCGGUGUUAGAUUUUCAGACGGACGUUCCGUUGAGGAAAGUUCACAUGAACAGUAUCGAGUCGUUGCUCUCAGUUGUGGGAGAGGUUACUUUUUAAAUGUGCUUCAAAUCGACGAGUAUCGGAAUUCGUGGCGAACGGGGAAACUGAAGCUACCUUUCUCGAGAUGAGGAUAUAUAUAUACGAGGUACACGCCAAUGAAACACGUCUUAAGUUUCGCCGAGCAAUGCACAUUCUUGCCUUGUGAUAGAGCACGAUAAGCCGACUACCAGCAGUUGAUCUGGGUAUUAUGCAGCGCACUCGUACCCGUAGCUUGGAGUCAGGUGUCUUCCUGGAAAGAAAGUAACAAGUGAGUAGAACGAAAGUA